AUGCGAAAUAAUGAAAAUAAAUUUGUAAUAGUUGGCGCUAUUAUCGGGGUUGGUAUUGCCGCAUUCGGGGUUGAUACCAUUGAUUGGGGAUGGGGUGGUGUAGGAAAAAUUAUCGCUUCAUGGUUUAUUUCCCCUAUAGCUGCUGGAGUAGUUGCCUCUGCGAUCUUUCUAAUGACAAAAUAUGGCGUUCUAACUCGUUCGAAUUCAUUUAAGAAGGGUUUAACUGCUGUACCCUUAUUCUUUCUCUUCACGGCUGCAAUUAAUAUCCUAUACAUUAUCUUUAAAGGAGCACCUGCUUUAGGAUUAGAUAAAGUUACUCCUGUAAUCAUUGCUCCCGUAGUAGUUGGUGUUUCUUUAGCUAUUGCAUUAUUUUCGCAUUUCUUUUAUGCACAAUGGCUUAAACGAAAGAUUCAAAAUAAAGAAGACCUUAAAUGGUAUCAUAUAUUUGUCAUUCCUUGCGUUCCUUACUCUCCAGGCACUCCAAAAGAUAGUCCAAAUACUGAAAAAGAUAGUGAAUCAAAAGAAAACUCAGAAUCACUUGAAGUUAUCAAUGAUAAAGAAAAUACUGAUAAGAACAAAGAAAUGCAUGAUGCAGCACCAAAAUAUGAUGCUGAGACCGAAGAAUUAUAUUCAUUUUUGCAAGUGUUUACAGCAACAUUUGCCAGUUUUGCCCAUGGCUCCAAUGAUGUAGCCAAUGCUGUUGGGCCACUUUCCGUAAUAAGUGAUAUAUAUCGUACUGGGGCUACUCCCAAAGAAAAAACUUCAGUCGAAUUGUGGGUCCUCGCUUACGGAGGUUUGGCCAUCGAUGCUGGUCUUUUCUUAUAUGGUUAUCACGUAAUGAGAUCUCUUGGCAAUAGAUUAACCUAUCAUUCACCAUCACGUGGUUACUCUAUGGAACUUGGAACUUCUUUGACUGUCUUAACAGCCUCAAAACUUGGCUUACCUAUUUCAACAACUCAUUGUAUAUCAGGAGCAACAGCAGGGUUGCAGGCUCUAUUUUUGCGUUUGUAA